AUGCCUGACAGACCGCCAUUCCCUGCACGGCAGGCACAACCUCCCGGUCUCACCUAUCUCCAAUACUCCCCUGACGGAAAGAGACUACUCGUUGCAGGAUGUGGGAAUUAUGCCCGGUCCUUCAAGACUGGUGACAAUGGCGACCCUGACAUGCUCACCGAUGUUCACGACGACACUUAUGCUUUGGCCGCAGGUAACGACUUCGCUAUUCUCGGGUGCGAAGACGGUACCGUAUGCGAAUAUGAGGUCCCCUCAGGAGAUAUGAAGAAGAUGCUGGUUCGAAGCACUCUGCCGAUCAGAAGCAUUGCACUUUCACCGGAUGAAAAAUUCAUUGCGGUUUCUAGCGAUGAGCUCGAAAUCAAAGUCGUCAAUCGAGAUGACAUGGAACAAAUCACAUUUCUCAGAGAACACCCCAAACCCAUAAAACAUUUAACAUACGACCCCUCGGGGAAAUAUCUGGCCGCGUCAGGCACUGACGGAAUCAUCUACAUCUACCUCAUGAACACAGCCGAGCCAAAACUCUUCAAAACCAUUGAUGGUGUCAUCCAAAGGCUCGAGACUGCACAAGAGGCUUCUUCAAAAUGUGUAUGGCAUCCAGACGGAAGAGCAUUUGCUUGCGCCACUGGAACCCGGGAAAUCAAAGUCAUCUCCGUGGAAGACGGCGCACAUCAACGAGUGUUUGCAGGAGAACAUAAUGACAACAUCACUUCACUAGCUUGGUCCCCCAACGGUGCACUCUUGGCCAGUUCGAGUGCGGAUGAUCAGCUUGUCGUGUGGGAGACGAAGACUCAAAAGAUGUUGAAGAAAUUCAACUACGAAAAGAUUCUAGAUAUCGCCUGGCAGAGCAAGGGAGAGAACAUCUUCAACUGGACAACCUCGAAUGGCGAGGCUUUCAUCAUACCCAACUUUCUCAAAGAUGACACCCAUAUCGCAUUGCUCAAGGGCCCGAAGGUCAAAGCACCCUUCUUUCAUGACCCCUUGGACGAUAAAUCAGCAGGCGUCAACGGACGAGCCCCACUGGUCAAUGGGCAAGGGAGAGCUCGAGCUGGAACGCCAGAUAGUCUGGAUCAACUCCUUGGGCCUGAUGAUGAGAACGAAUACGACUGGAUUGAGGACGAUGAUGGAGCAGGCUACAUCAAUGAAAAUGGCAAGCGGACUGGUGAACAUCUAGGACAGCCGAAUGGUCAUUUCGGCAAACGAAAUCGAGCCGAGAUAUGGCAGCCACGUAUCCACGAGCCGUUCCAACCCGGAGCCACGCCAUGGAGAGGAAACAGAAAAUACCUCUGCCUGAAUUUGAUUGGUUUUGUCUGGACUGUUGAUCAAGACACUCACAACACGGUCACGGUGGAGUUUUAUGACCGGGAAAUGCACCGAGACUUUCAUUUCACGGACCCAUUUCUCUAUGACCGAGCAUGUCUCAAUGAGACAGGAGCGCUCUUCUCAGCCCCCGCUAAAGACGACCAGCCCGCUGUGAUUUUCUAUCGACCACACGAAACAUGGACCACUCGAUCCGACUCGCGGAUAAGUCUACCAGAUGGUGAAGAGGCGAUAUGCAUUGCUCUAAGCAGCAAAUAUAUCGUGGCUGUCACGAAUCAGAAUUACGUCCGUGUAUGGACACUACAUGGCACCCCCGUGCGGCUUUGGCGUAUGAAGGGCUCUCCCGCAGUGACGUGCGCGGCAUGGGAGGAUUUCGUGAUGACAGUUGGGAAUGGAGCCGUGGGAGCCGAUGGGUGCACGCAAUUGACCUACUGUAUCGACAAUGUGCGACUAGACGAAACUCAUCAGAAUCAAGAUAUCCUCGCUCUGGGCACCCUACCCGAGGACUCGGAUCUGGAUGAGGUGUCAUUGAAAUCUGUCUUCUGGAGUGACGUCGGCGAUCCAUGCAUCUACGACAGCAACGGUGUGCUCCUCACGCUAUUACACUGGCGCCGCCAAGGACACGCAAAAUGGGUUCCGCUCCUCGACACACGGCAGCUGGACCGACUCAAGGACGGCAAAAAAGAAGAAACAUACUGGCCCGUAGCUGUCGCAGGCGAGAGAUUCCACUGCAUCAUCCUCAAAGGCGGAGAUAAAACACCUUACUUCCCACGCCCACUCCUCACAGAAUUCGACUUCCACCUCCCUGUCUCCCGCCCCAUCGACAAACCAAAGAACGGCGACGGCGACGAAGAAGACGACGAUACCGCCACCGAGACCGUCGCUGCCGGCACGAUCCGCCUAGAGGAAGAAUACGUCCGCACAUCGCUGCUGCUGGAUCUCCUCGACGACCAGAUCCAGAGUCAGGGCUCUCAGGCCGGCCACGAAUCCAAGACUCAGCUGAUACGACGUGAAGUCCAGGCUGACAAGAUUCUUAUCCAGUUGUUGGCUAUGGUGUGUCGCGAAGGCGAGGAUACGGGCAUGAAGGCACUAGAGAUCGUGCGGCUGUUCCGCGAUCGUGGUGGCAAGUCUCUCGAUGCAGCCGCGAGGGUGGCGGAGCGCUGGGGCAGGACUGUCCUCGGUGAUAAGAUUCGUGAAUAUGCGGAGAGGAGGAUCAUGGGGCUGGAUGAGAUGAUGGAUGAUGAGUGA